GUUGCCCCACUCACAGUAGGACUUGAUCUGUACGUUGAAUCAUUUGCCAACAUCGCUGAAGCCAACAUGGUGAGUCACAUGAUAUCAAUUUUGAUUUGUACAUGAAAUAUACUUCUUCCGAUAAUAUAACCAUCGCCAUAUAUGUAAAUAUUUAAUGCGCAGCAUCGUCAUGCUCUGUGUAACUUUGAGUUUGAACAUCCAACCUCUUUCACUGUUAAGUGUGAUAAGUUUGCACACUUAAUGCUAGCCCGGGUGACCUAUUUAUGGAGCUGUUCCUUCAAACUGGUCUCCUUUUAUUGCACCUGUACGCUCUGAUUGCGUCUCAAUCUCCUCUUGUAAACAGGAGUACACAGUGUUUGGUUACCUUCGCCAUUUCUGGAUUGACAAGCGAUUUGCCGGGAGAUUCAAUGAAACUAUUCGCCUAAAAGGUUCGAUUGUUGAGCAUGCGUGGACUCCUGACACCUACGUAGGCAACUCAAGAGAAUCAAAUCUGCGAGUGAAGGAUUCGGAGUCAGACAGCAUGUUGGAGAUAUAUCCAAAUGGGAGCAUUUUCUACUCGAAAGGGUUAGUUCCAAACACCAGCUGUGGGAAAGGGAUAGAUGACAUAUAAAUUGACUGCGGUUAUAUGUAUGUAUGGUAAAAUGGUAUAGUAUACAAUCAAGACUUUUACAGACAGUACAGAUUUGGGUGUCGAAUAGGGUUAAGAUUAGGGUAUACCGUCUGAAAAAAAUUGUGUAGGGUAAGAAGAAUUAGAGUUUCGAGUUCAUAGUUUAUGGUAGGGAUUUUGGUAAAAAUAAAGGGGGCUUCCUGCGUAGCGUUUGUGUGUGUUAAAAGUGGGAAGGUGGUAAGUUCAACGCUGAUAAUUAAAAAAAAAAACUUCAACGUUUCGGCAAUGCUGCCUUCAUCAAGGUGAUGGCGACUGAGAGAAGAAUGGGUGGGGUAAGCUUGAAAUAUUUGUCAUCCUUUCCAUGAGGAACAAAGGAGAAAAAAAAAAAAGAAAGAAAGAAAGAAAGAAAGAAAGAAAAGAAAAGAAAAGAAACAGCAAUCCCCUGGUGAUCAAAUGAGAUUGGGGUUAGGAGGAUUAGUGCAUGGUGUGUUUAUUUUGCCUUAUACAAACUUGUUUCUUUCUAUCUAGUGUCAAGAUUGUUGCUUCUUGUGAAAUGAACCUGGAGAAUUUUCCGAUGGACACUCAAAAAUGCAUGCUGAUUUUUGGGAGCUGUGAGUAGUAUUUGCAUCUGAUAGCAUUGACUCUCAUUCCUCUUUGGAGCUGGUUACUCAAAUAAAGUAAUGCACGUAAUGUGUUUUUUGGACCACCAGGUGGCGAUAUCUCAAAGCCAUUUUUGUACAAGAAAAGCAAUGAAAUAUAAUUUUUGUAUUUUUUAAUGCUUAUUUGUCUGCGUACAUUGCGUUCCAGUUCGGCCACUAGGCUCUCGAUCCCUCUUGAAAAAGGAAUCCUUAGGCUAAUAACUCGAUCUGCUGAAAAAAUUUUUAAUAGCCUCCCUGAUCAUUUAAGAAUGUGUGAUGACUCAAGUUUUUCGCAGGGGAGUAAAAAUCGGCUCUUUAUCUAGGUAAACUCAGGAUUCCUUCAAGAUCGCUAAUGAGAUGAAAUCAUGUUUUUUUCUGUAGAUAGUCUUAACACGAACGGCUUGAAUUACAAAUGGAAGACUGACACGGCGAUUGUUGAAAAGAAAAGCAUUGCUCAAUUUGACAUGAACAAGGUGGAACUGAACUCAACAAAUACGACUUAUAUCAGUGGUUAGUGAUAGCUAUUACACUUGAUAUUUAUUUUCCUAAUCGUCUUUAUCCAUCUGGGGGAAGGGGGGGGGGGGGGUCAUUUCACAUUUCAUUGAGUGCAUUCCCUAUGCUCCUCCUAGAGGAGACACUCACCUUGUUCCAAAAUAGCGAGUGUCUGUAGUAGUAGUACCUCUUUUGUGAAUGGCGUACCCCUGCACACACACCUUAGUAUGUGUAAUUCUAUAUUGAUGUCACUUCAGUUUUUUAACAACAAAUGUGAAAUAGCAAAGCUUAUCAAGUGUACAUGAAAUCCACAGGGUCAUAUAGCACGCUCAUCAUAAGUUUCAACUUCAAACGGCGCAUUGGUUAUUACGUCAUCCAAGUUUUCUUCCCAGACAUCCUUGUGGUUGCAAUAAGUUGGAUAGUCUUUUGGUUAGACCAAGAUGACAUGGGUGGUCGAGUUGGCCUGGGUAUCACAACCAUACUGACUAUUAUGUUUCUGUUGGGCUCUGUAAACAUGUCGCUACCUCGUGUUAGUUAUCCCAAGGCCAUUGACUGGUACCUUAUCGGGUCUUUUCUGUUUGUCUUCCUCGUUGUGAUGGAGUGCAUCUUAGUGUACAUUUUGCGUCCAAGAAAUCGAGAUCCCAAAAACAAUAACCACAAAAAAGUAAUGGAGUUGGAAAUGGACAUCAUAAGUAAUGUUCAGGUAGGGUUUAAGAACUGUGGCUAA